AUGCCUGGUCUGCUGAACCAGACCACAGGGGCCGCCCUGCCCCUCACAGCCUCUGACGUCACCUCCUUCGUCAGUGGGUACGCACUGGGUCUGACCGCCUCCCUCACCUACGGCAACCUGGAAGCCCAGCCUUUCCAGGGUCUCUUUGUGUACCCACUGGAUGAGUACACCACGGUGAUUGGCUUUGAGGCAGUCAUUGCUGACCGGGUCGUCACAGUACAGAUCAAGGACAAAGCCAAGAUGGAGAGCGGCCACUUCAAUGCCACCCGCGGUCCAGCCACAACGAUCACGGGAAACGUUCUGCAAGAGGGCGUGUCCAUCGCCCCUCAUUCCCGCUCACUGGAAAAGGUGGCUUUGGAUGAGGACUUGGAGCGGAUCCUGUUUGUGGUCAACCUGGGGCCCAUCGCCCCUAUGGAGAACGUCACGGUCUUCAUCAGCACAUCCUCAGAGCUGCCGACACUGCCCAAUGGUGCCGUGCGGGUCCUGCUGCCUGCCAUCUGCGCCCCGACUGUGCCCCAGUUCUGCACGGAGAGCGCUGGCCCCUCCAACCAACAGGAGCAAGGCAAAGACUGGCGUUGCUCCAGCCCCUGGGCCCAGGACUCCUGCCACAAGUUGUGCCUGGCGACACUCUGGGACACCACCGUGUCCAACCCCAUGGAAUACGAGUUCAGCUUCCAGCUGGAGAUCCGGGGGCCAUGUCUGCUCGCAGGGGUAGAGAGUCCCACCCACGAGAUCCGAGCCGACGCUGCCCCGUCUGCACGCUCAGCCAAGAGCAUCAUCAUUACCUUGGCCAACAGGCACACCUUCGACCGGCCCGUGGAGAUCCUCAUCCACCCCAGCGAGCCCCACAUGCCACAUGUCCUGAUGGAGAAAGGGGACAUGACCACGGGAGAAUUUGAGCAGCACUUGAAGGGAAGAAUGGACUUCAUUAAAGGGAUGAAGAAGGACAGCAGUGCAGAGCGAAAGACAGAAAUCAUCCGGAAACGCCUCCACAAGGACAUUCCCCACCAUUCUGUCAUCAUGCUCAACUUCUGUCCCGACCUCCAGUCAGUCCAGCCAAACUUGAGAAAGACCCAUGGCGAGUUCAUCUUCCUCCUCGACAGGAGCGGCAGCAUGAGUGGGACCAACAUCCACCGGGUCAAGGAUGCCAUGCUGGUGGCUCUUAAGAGCCUCAUGCCAGCCUGCCUCUUCAAUGUCAUUGGGUUCGGAUCCACAUUUAAGACCCUCUUCCCUUCCAGUCAGACCUACAAUGAGGAGACCUUGGCCAUGGCCUGUGAUAAUAUUCAGAGAAUGCGGGCUGACAUGGGUGGCACCAACCUCCUCUCCCCACUCAAGUGGGUCAUCCGGCAGCCGGCGCACCAAGGCCACCCGCGGCUUCUCUUUGUGAUCACAGAUGGGGCGGUCAGCAACACCGGGAAGGUGCUGGAGCUGGUGCGGAACCACGCCUUCUCCACCAGGUGCUAUAGCUUUGGAAUUGGACCCAACGUCUGCCAUAGGCUGGUGAAGGGGCUAGCAACAGUGUCCAAGGGCAGUGCUGAGUUCCUGGGGGAGGGGGAGCGGCUGCAACCCAAGAUGGUCAAGUCCCUGAAGAAGGCCAUGGCCCCAGUCCUGAGCGACGUGACUGUGGAGUGGGUCUUCCCUGAGACCACCGAAGUGCUGAUCUCACCCGUCAGCACCAGCACCCUCUUCCCUGGAGAGCGGCUGGUGGGAUAUGGCAUCAUGUGUGAUGCCUCAUUAUACGCCUCCGACUCCAGAUCUGACAAGAGGACUCGAUACAGCAUGCUGCACUCUCAGGAGUCCGGGAGCUCGGUCUUCUACCAGUCGCAGGACGAGGGGCCCAGCUCGGAGAGUGGAGACUGUGCCAGGAGCUUCGGGGCGCCCUUCGUCCAGAGGCAGGCCACAAAUGCCCGGCCUUCCAGCGGAGACUCCACGGCCUGUCCUGGUCUGGACCUCUCCCAGCGACGGCGGGCAUACAGCACCAACCAGAUCACCAACCCCAAGCCCUCCCGCAGGGCCGCCACGGCCAGCGACCCCACGACGGCCGGCAGGAGAUACCCGCUGCGGAAAGCUAAGCUGCAGGACCUCACCAACCCGCCCAGCCCAAACGCCCCUCAGCGGCAGAUGGAUAUGCAGUCCUUCCUGAACAGUGGCCUGGACCUGUGCCAGGGCCCCAGACUCCGGGGUCCAGGGGCCCGAAGGCCUUCUCUGCUGCCGCAAGCCUGCCAGCCCCUCCUGCACUCUGGCCCCGAGACCCAGACCUGGAGCCCCAUGAGAGAGCUGGAUCUCGGGCCCAGCAUGAAGCCUGCCUCAGACAGCCACAGCCCUGGGGACCUGGAAUCAUCCCAUCACCCCUCCGCCUUGGAGACAGAGACGUCCUCGGACUGGGAGCCCCUGGCCGAGUUCGAGGAGCAGGCCAGUACUGGCCGGCCAGCCACUCCAGACCCCGUGCUGGGCAAGGCCGUGGUCAAGGGCCUGCGCGGCACCCAACUUUUGCAAUGGGAAGUGAGCUUCGAGUUGGGGCCUCCUGGCCCUGAGCGGGAUGGCGGAGGUGACGCUGACCUUUGGAGUGAGACCUUCCAUCAUCUGGCGGCCCGCGCCAUCAUCCGCGACUUCGAGCAGCUGGCAGAGCGUGAGGGAGAGAUUGAGCAAGGGUCCAGCCGCCGCUACCAGGCGAGCGCCGUGCACACCAGCAAGGCCUGCAACAUCAUCAGCAAGUACACCGCCUUCGUGCCCGUGGACAUGAGCAAGAGGCGGUACCUGCCCACCGUGGUGGCCUACCCCAGCUCCAGCGCUGCAUCGCGGAUGGUCAGCUCGAGGGUCCUGACCCAGCAGUGGCGGGGCAGCUCUGGGGCCUUCGGACGGUCGCAGACCAUGCUCAGGGAGGACCUGGCGGCGGGACUCGGAGCAGAGGAAAGCCCCACCUCGCCCUCCAGCGAGACCGCAUCCCCCGGCCGUGAGAAGUCCAUGGCUCCUGAAGGUCCUCUGCUCAGUCUGGCCACCAACACCCUCUCUUCCUUGAAGACCCCUGAGACUCUGUUUGGAUCCAGGUUGACUCUCAGAAAGUCCAGGUUGCUGACGCGAGCAGCCAAGGGCUUCCUCAGCAAGCCGCUGACCAAGGCCCCAGAGUCGUUGCCGGGGAGCCAGAGCUUCAACUACAUCCCACUGGUGUCCCUGCAGCUGGCUUCCGGAGCCUUCCCGCUCAACCAGGCCUUCUGUGAGGCCAUCCACAUCCCUAUGGACAAGCUCAAGUGGACCUCACCCUUCACCUGCCACCGAGUGUCCCUCACAGCCCGCCCGCCUGAGACAAAGACCCCCAGUCCCCAGCUGUGCACCGGCUCCUCGCCUCGGCACCCCUCUUGUGAGACCUCCGUGGAGCCCGUGGCAGAGGACAAGGCAGGCGGGGAGCCCAGGGAUAGGGUGGAACACACAGGGCAGCUGUGGGCCACGGUGGUGGCACUGGCGUGGCUGGAGCACUGCUCAGCAUCCUACUUCGUGGAGUGGGAGCUGGUGGCCGCCAAGGCCAGCUCGUGGCUGGAGCAGCAGGAGGUGCCCGAGGGCCGCACGCGGGCCACACUCGAGGCUGCUGGCCUCCAGCUGUUCGUGCUGCUGCAGCACUGGGACGAGAGCCUGGAGUUCAACAUGCUCUGCUACAACCCGAAUUACGUGUAG